CUCUUCAGCCACCGUACUCAAGCGCUUGUGGGUGCGGUUUGUCCCUCGCUGGGCUCCGUAGCUUCAUCCAGUCUUCUUCGUGUUCGGUGAAGGUCGUGUCUUCGUCAGAUAUCCCACAAUGCCGGCCGGAGCCCUGCCCAAGCCCGUCAUGCGCGGCCUCCUCGCCAGGCGCCUGCGGUUCCACCUGCCCAUCGCCUUCAUCUUGGCCCUGUCCACCGCUGCAGUCUUCAAGUUCACAGUAGCAGAUCCCAGGAAACGGGCGUAUGCAGAUUUCUAUAAGCGAUAUGACGCUAUGAAGGAGUUCGAGGCGAUGAGGGAAGCUGGUGUGUUUGAGAGCGUCAGGCCUUCAGGCAAAUGAGCAGAAGUCAAGCCUCCUGUCCCCUCUGGGUCAGAAUUUCCUGCACCUUGGCGAUCCUGUGUUGAUUCGUUGAUGUCGACUGUACUGUCACUUCUGAGCUCGGGUUCUGUGUUUGCCCUUACACAAUAUAAUAAACUGUUUCUUUAAACACA